ACCCAUUUUAGAGUACGCUUUUAUCCCGGCGCAGGUUAGCAAGAACAGUAACUGACCGUACUGUAGAUGCGGCGGACGGAGUAACCAAAGAAGAAGGCCGCUCAAAAUAAUUAAAGUAGCCCAACCGUCAUCUUCUUCUUCAACCGAUCUUUAGCUCAACUAACCCAAUUUUCUAUUUUUGGCGUUAAAUUCAACCAACCCAAAAACCUUCUUCUUCCAAUGGCGUCUUCUGCAGCUCUCGGAUCUCUUCAUCAGACUUUAGGGUCACAGAGUGAGCUUCAUUUGCUUUCUGGAAACUGGUCUGCCUCUGGUACUUCUUGCGUUCCACGGUGGAGAUUAUCCAACAGGAGUAGCAAUUACACGCUUGUGUUACGUGCAAAGGCCUCUAAAACUUCGACAACAACCAAAAGCGAUGAUUCAUCUGAUGCGACUGUGUCAAACGGGAAGAAAUCUGUUCGACGGACAACCUUCCCGAAAGAAGUGGAGGCACUGGUUCACGAGAUGUGUGAUGAGACUGAGGUUGCUGUCCUGAAACUUAAGGUUGGAGAUUUCGAGAUGAACCUAAAACGGAAGAUUGGAGCGGCCACAAACCCCAUUCCUGUGGAGGAUAUAUCUCCAACCGUAGCACCUCCGAUUCCUUCUGAGCCCAUGGAUAAAUCUGUUUCUUCUGCUCCCAGCCCAUCUAAAGCAAAACCGUCUGAAAAAGUAUCUCCAUUUAUGAAUACAUCAUAUGGGAAACCAGCGAAGUUGGUAGCUUUGGAGGCAUCUGGAUCAAACAAUUAUGUUCUAGUCAAAUCUCCCUCAGUUGGCGAGUUUCACAGAAGCAGAACUGUAAAAGGAAAGAAACUAUCUCCUAGCUGCAAAGAGGGUGAUGAAAUAAAGGAAGGCCAAGUUAUUGGAUACUUACAUCAGUUGGGAACAGAACUUCCAGUGACGUCGGAUGUAGCUGGGGAAGUCCUCAAGCUUCUUUCAGAUGACGGAGACUCCGUAGGUUAUGGUGAUCCUCUGGUUGCGGUCUUGCCAUCGUUCCACGAUAUCAACAUCCAGUGAUAUAUGAUGGUUUCUUUAUCAUCCCGAGACUGUACUAUUCAUCUUCAUACCUCAUGUUUUCUUCUCCUAUGUUUCUUUGAUUGAGAUUGUAAUCUGUUUAGUUGCAAAGAGUCUUGUGUUGAUCUUUUGAUCAGUGAGUGGGACGUAAAACAUCAUGUUUUUUUUGCUUAUCGGAUUUUUGUCACAAGACCUCCGAAAGACGUAUGAAUUCUUCU